AUGCCCAAAACAGAUCCCAAAGCCUGUGUCAUUUGCGCCAAAUCAUCGAACCAUGUUUGUGGAAAAUGCAAGGUUAUGAAUUAUUGCUCUCGAGACUGCCAAAAGCAGCAUUGGAAACUUCACAAGAAAACCUGUGGCAAACCAGUCUUUGUCGAUCGGCCCCUUGAAGUCGGUGAUAAGUGCACUCGUUGUUUGGAGACGGUUGAAGAUGAUGGACAUGGAAAUCCAGUCUUGAUGGGUUGUCGAGUUCCUCAUCCCGAACACUUGCAACAGAAUUGCGGAUCCUGUUAUGGUGGCGGUGGAAUGCAAUUGAGUCUAAUGUGCCAGGCUUGCAAUUAUAGUUAUCGACGAACUGGAUCUGGUGAUGCCCCCAUAUCUGAAACCAGGAUUACCCAGGGCCCCAAGUGGUGUUUCGAAGGAUCUCAUACCCUUCUUCCAGCGGAACGUUUGGGAGACCGCCGUGUCAAGAAAGAUUUGGUGGUCAUUACCGCAAAUGAAGACAUGCAAGAGGAGAUUGAUGCUUUGGAUGGCAAUGAAGAGAUUACGGUCUUGCGAAUUUGCUCGGAUGGCCUUUACACGGAGGAGUACGCCCCCUCUCUGAACAUCAAGUUGCCGAAUUUGAUUGAAUUUCAAUUGGAAGAUGUCAGCAUGGAUCAAAUUGUUUUGACACCCGAUCUCACUCCCAAGGUGAAAAUCAUCUCCAUGCAAAACCCUACCCAAUGUGAAGACCCCGAUUUUGUCAUUGAAUGCUCCGAACUAAAAAGGUUUUCCUGUCACUACUGGGGUCCGGGAAAUUCCGACUGGGUCAAUACCAUGCUGGCCCAUGCUACCAAGUUGGAAUCCUUUGAUUCUUACAAGUUGCGAGUUGACUAUCUCAUGUUUGCUUCCAACAAACUAGACAAUAUCCGCUUGCAUCGAGCCGAGUGCUUGGAGUAUUUGGAAUUGUAUGCCCCUCGAUUGACCAUGCUCAAUGUCCAAGCCGCCUACGAUUUGGACGUUAUCAAAUUUGUGGACACACAUCCAGUUCUUUCCAAAAAACUGCCCAAAAACUUUCGAUUCAAUCGGGAACUCGAAGUCAAUACGGUCAACGCCUGUUUGGGAGGAGAAGCUAGGCACGCAAUUGAGCAUCAUCCACGAUUUUAUGGAGGCUUGGAUGACGAUGAUAGUGAUGACGGCUUUGGUGGAUUUGGUGGUGGUGGCAAUCCCAUGGCUUCCAUGGAAGCCAUGUUUCAUCAAUUUCACAGCGGUGGUGGAUUCUAUUGA